AAAUGGGGGGGGGGGGGAUAUUUAUUUUGCUUCUUAUUGACAAAGAGGCCGGGCGGCAGUUUCAAAAACAGUAACAAAACACGCGCGUCCACGUCACUGCUCCCCGCAGUCUUCUCUCCAACUAGUGCUUUCCCUCCGGCCCACGCGGACUUUCCAUUUCACGCACACCCCUCCCCCUCGCUCCAAAAGGAGGCAGCGGCACUGCUUCGCCCCGGUCCAUCCCGCACCUCCAAAGCCUGACAUUAUGUCUGUCAGGGAGGACCUGCGUGGACAAACCCGCCGCUAACACCCGUGUUUUCCUGCGAUUUAUGGCGAUGAAGGAUUCCAGAGGCUUAACGCACCUCCAAUUAGCAAAGACAGGGCUUCCAGGCGGAUCUGCGUGUUAGGAGGAAAGAAGGGGGAGUGCAUGUUACUCGCUGGACUUCAUUUCCUCGAUGCUGCGGAGCUGGAUGACAUGAUGCUGCAGAGCCCGCUGACCUCCACGCCGUUCUCCGUCAAGGAUAUCCUGAAGCUGGAGCAGCAGCAGCAGCAGCAGCAGCAGCAGCAGCAGCAGCAGUGCGCCUCCCUGGAGCUCCACAGCCAGCACCUCCUGGCCCGCUCCCCGCACGGACACCAGCACUUCCAAACCCCAUCCUCCUGCAUGCUCGCCGCGGCUCGGGACAGCCCUCCUUUCUCGGACGGAGAGGACAACCUGGCUUACCUGAGCGCGCUGACGGCGCGCGAGGAGGAGCGCGCGGAGCCCCCUCUGUCCCCCAGCAUGUACGGCCACGCGGGCCUCCACGGAGCCAAGCUGGAGGGCGCGGAGCUGGAGGAGCCGGAAAGGAAGACCUGCGGCCUGCUGUCCCGGGAGGAGUCCUCGGGGGGCGGACCGGGGGAGGCGGAGAGGCCGGCGCAGAAGCAGCGGAGUCGUCGGAGGCCGCGCGUGCUCUUCUCCCAGGCGCAGGUCUUCGAGCUGGAGCGGCGCUUCAAGCAGCAGCGCUACCUGUCCGCGCCGGAGCGGGAACACCUGGCCACGACGCUCAAGCUCACCUCCAACCAGGUCAAGAUCUGGUUCCAGAACCGGCGCUACAAGUGCAAACGGCAGCGGCAGGACAAGUCUCUGGAGGCGGCGGGGCAGCACCACCCCCCGCCGCCGAGGCGCGUCGCCGUGCCCGUGCUGGUGCGGGACGGGAAGCCGUGCCUGGGGGGCGCGCAGAGCUACGCCGCGAACCCCUACAGCCCCACCCCGUACGGCUACAACGGAUACCCCGCGUACACGUACAACAGCCCCGCUUACAACAGCAACUACAGCUGCACCUACAGCAGCAUCCCCGCCCUCCCCCCGUCCAGCACCCCCAACGCCUUCAUGAACAUGAACUUGGGGAGCGUGGGCGGCCUUGGCGGCUCCUCGCAGGCCCAGACGCACGCAGGGACAGCGGUCACGUCCUGCCAGGGCUCCCUGCAGGGCAUCCGGGCGUGGUAGCCCCCCCCCCCUCCGGGAGCGAAGGAGCUCCUCGGUUUGGAUGGAGGUGUCAGAUGGAUCCACAGGUCAGGAGCGGGCGGACACAAACGCGGUGCAAUGUGGUUUUAAGCUUCACCUUUGCCCGGGGCCGCGCGCUGGCCCCGCACAACAGAGAGGGAGGGGGGCACGUGCGCAAAAAUCAAAAGAAUUUCAUUUUUUAUUUGAGAGAUUGUGUUUUAUUGUUUUUGCUAGAAAAAUGAUUGUUUUUAGUCUAUUUCACAUUUAUUCAAAUAAAGUAAAUCUAUUCCAGACGCUGAGUUCUGCUUUCUGACGGAAACUGAGACCCAAACGCAGCUUUUCUGCAGCAGAACAUUCCGCAGACAAACACGCCGGCAGGAGCCGCGGGAGGAGGAGGAGGAGGAGGAGGCCGGGGCCGCAGGGACCCUUUGUCCCGGUGCCAGGCGACGUGAAAGGAGGAAGUUUUUUCUCCAUUUGAGCUCCUUAAAGGACAAAAUUAGGCUCCUAAAAUACCCCGAAGAGCGCGCGGCGGUCGGGCUGCAGAGCGGGAAUAAUGGCUCUUAUUGGAUUGUUGGACAAAAGGUGUGUGGUAGGCAGAGCCGGGCACUCAGCAAAGACAAAGGCGCGCAGGGGCCGCGAGAUUGACGUCCUAAUAUUCCCAUUUGAGCGACAGGCAGCGGGUUAUUCUAACCAGGGAAGAGGAAAAACGUGGUCACCUUUGUUCCCCUUCAGGAGCCCCCCCCUCUUUUUGUUCGCGGAAAAAGGCUCUGUGAGAUCUCCAGCCGCGCGGGCUCUGGGGCUGCGGGGCUGGAGAUGAGGGCAGCGGGAGGCGUUUGUCUGAAAGAAGGGGGUAUUAUUGCUACAAGUUUCACCAUUUGUCCCGCAGAGGAAAAUGGGCAGGAGAAUUUGGGGUGGGGGGUGUGGGUCACGGCCUGUUAGGGCUGAUGUUCCAUCCGUCAGUCUCACGGGGGAACCGCGGAUUUUCAGACCGAUUAUUCUGCAGAAGCGGCUCAGAGGCGCGCGGCCGAAUCCCAAAACGUUCCGGAGAACAAACCGGAUCAGAAACCGGAGUCGAACUUUUUACAUCAAAUAAAAACAAAUCCACUUCAUACCUGAA